GUGAAAGCCGCUACAAAGGGCUUGAAUGAAACGUGUGUGGGUUUAGUGAGUCGUAAGCCACCAGGGGAUCCCGUCUCCCCACAAACCAGACUCUCUCGCAGGAGGCUGAGGAGGGGGAGGAGGCGAGGAGCGGAGCGCUGGAUUUCGCGGGAGCGCGCCGCGGCUGGAGCGGCGGGGAGAGGCCGGGCCACCUCCCCCCUUCCCAGCCAUGCACCGCCUCGCCCGCGGCGGUUCCAGGCACCACAGUCUCCGCCCGGGCUGCGCCCGCCGUCGCCGCAACGAGCUCCUGCGGCCACCGGCCCCGUCCACCGAGGAGCAGCGCCAGCCCUCCCCACCCCACCUCCACCGCCGAUUCCCUUCUCCGCGGGGACGCGCCGCCCAGCAGCCCGCGCCGCCCCCUGGUCAACUUUGAGCGAGAGGAGAAACAACUUUGGCAGUGGCCGCGGGUUUCCAAACCCUCGCCUCCAGGUCCGCAGCAGCCUCGCGGGUCGCCGGGGUUAGGUGGGGCAGUUUCCCGGGCGCAUCUGAGCGUCGUCUGGCAGCUAGCAACCUGUUUCCAGCGAGCGGGAUGGGACUGUGGCUUCUAGGCAUCCGAAGGAGGGCUACUUGUUUUUCUUUCCCUUGAGCGACCUCGGCUUGCUGCUGGAUAGAGCCGCCUCGAAAGGAUGUAAAUAGGCGGAGCAACUGUUACCGAGAAGGCAACCACCCCAAAGGCAGGGAGGAGCGCGGGGCUUCGUCCGGGCUUCUCCCAGUUGCAACAUUAAUCAUCAAGCAGGUGUUGGUUGCAAGUUUUCAAGGUCAGCCACCCGGAGCAGCGAGUCCCUCCCUGAACCUUGGGGAUACGUAGCGCCCGGGUUGGAUUUGACUGAGAAAUGCUCAGGACGCCAAACAAGGAAGGAUCGUAGAGGGGGAGUGUUGUGACCCCAAGACCCAUCCCCCAACACCCCCGUAAUCUCCCGUUCCCCGCUGCCGGGGCGGGGGUUAGUAUGUGACAUGUGCCUAACUCUCAGCGGCAACUUAGGCAGCAGGUGUCGGUCCUAAGCGGGAGGCGCUGCUGCUGGGUGCGCCCUCGCCCAGCCAUGAGGGCCGCGGGCGCACCUCUCGCCCGCACCUCGCGGCUGCUGCUUCUGCUGUUGCUCAAGGUCUCCGCUUCUCCUGCCCUCGGGUCCGCCCUUGCGCCCAGGGAGGAAAACUGUCUGGGAGAAAGCUGUUCUUCACCUACACUGAUCCAGCGUCGCAGCAGGGACGCUUGGGGACCAGGAGAUUCUGCAGGAGACCUUCUGCCAACUCGUGCGCCCAGGGAGGAGGAGCAGGAGGCAGUGGAGCGCUCGGCGCCCCCGUGGGACCUACCGGCGGGUCCCGGCGGUGACCCAGGUGUGGGCAGAGGGGCGCAGGCGUCGGCAGCUGAGCCCUCGGGACCUCCGGCUAGGCCACCUGGAGCCUGGAGGUGGAAAGGUGCCCGGGGUCAGGAGCCCCCUGAAACUUUGGGGAGAGGGAACCCCACGGCUCUCCAGUUCUUCCUUCACACCUCGGAGGAGAAGGAGAAGGGUCCCAGAGGCGCUGGCCUUUCUGGGCGUAGCCAGGAGCAGAGUGCGAGGAGGGAACCCGGAGCCAGCGACCUUUAUUAUUGGCCGAGGAGAGCCGGGAAACGCCAAGGUUCUCCCCACGACCCCCAACCCAAGACGGUCCAUGGACCGUCGGGGCACGAAGGGCGGACGAUUGCACCCCCUGGCAGGGCGCUGGCUCAGAAUGGGUCCUCCCUUGAAGGGGUUCAUGAACGCGGGGGUCCCCGGCGGGGGAACAGCACGUACCCACGCUUGCGGCUGAAGAACCCCUUCUACCCACUGACCCAGGAGUCGUACGGAGCCUAUGCGGUCAUGUGUUUGUCCGUGGUGAUCUUCGGGACCGGCAUCAUUGGCAACCUGGCGGUGAUGUGCAUCGUGUGCCACAACUACUACAUGCGGAGCAUCUCCAACUCCCUCUUGGCCAACCUGGCCUUCUGGGACUUUCUCAUCAUCUUCUUCUGCCUUCCGCUGGUCAUCUUUCAUGAACUGACCAAGAAGUGGCUGCUGGAGGACUUCUCCUGCAAGAUCGUGCCCUAUAUAGAGGUUGCUUCUCUGGGAGUCACUACCUUCACUUUAUGCGCUCUGUGUAUAGACCGCUUCCGGGCGGCCACCAACGUCCAGAUGUACUAUGAAAUGAUAGAAAACUGUUCUUCCACAACCGCCAAACUUGCUGUGAUAUGGGUGGGCGCUCUCCUGCUAGCCCUGCCGGAAGUGGUGCUCCGCCAGUUGAGUAAGGAGGACCUAGGCUUGAGCGGCCGAGCGCCUGCCGAGCGCUGCGUCAUCAAGAUCUCCCCCGACCUUCCCGACACCAUCUAUGUCUUAGCCCUCACCUACGACAGCGCUCGACUCUGGUGGUAUUUCGGCUGUUACUUCUGUUUGCCCACGCUUUUCACCAUCACCUGCUCUCUAGUGACUGCAAGGAAAAUCCGCAAAGCCGAGAAAGCCUGUACCCGGGGGAAUAAGCGACAGAUCCAGCUAGAAAGCCAGAUGAACUGUACAGUCGUGGCUUUGACCAUCUUAUACGGAUUUUGCAUUAUUCCUGAAAACAUUUGCAACAUCGUGACUGCUUACAUGGCCACAGGGGUUUCCCAGCAGACAAUGGACCUUCUUAACAUCAUCAGCCAGUUCCUUCUGUUCUUCAAGUCCUGUGUCACCCCCGUCCUCCUCUUCUGUCUCUGCAAACCCUUCAGUCGGGCCUUUAUGGACUGCUGCUGCUGCUGCUGUGACGAGUGCAUUCAGAAGUCGUCCACGGUGACCAGCGAUGACAACGACAACGAGUACACCACGGAACUGGAGCUGUCGCCCUUCAGCACCAUACGUCGGGAAAUGUCCACGUUUGCUUCUGUUGGAACUCACUGCUGAAGGAGUGAGCACAGCCUUGGGUUGGCUUCGCUUUCUUUCUUUUGUUUGUUUGAUUUUCAUACCCUGUGAAAGUUUUUACUCCUAUUUUUCCUUACUGGGAAAAAAUGCAGAAGAAAAAAAAAAAAGGAGAGAAAUAUUAACUACUGGUAGAACUGAUUUUGCAAAUUAAUAUUUGUGCUUUGAAAAAGAAGUUUAUAUUUAGUUAUUUAAGAAGUAUGGGAGGCCCAUAGUUUUAGAUCAUUUUAUCUGGUAUGGUGCUAAUAUUUUAUUUGAAAAAAAGUGACUGCACCUUAAUUAAUUGCUAACUUACUUUCGUUCUUUUAAAAAAUAUAAUCACUGUAUAUUGGUUAUAGCCAUGUGAUUUUGUAGGCUAUUUUCUGUUUGAGUUGUGAUUGAAAGUAUAUUGUAUGUGGUUUCGUGAGAUGAGUUGUAGUUAAGAAGCAUUCACCAAGUAGCACCAAAUAAAUGACACUUUAUUCUUUAA